GGGCGCGCAGCCCUGCGUCAGAGCGAGACUUCCCCGCUCCGCACACUCACUGCCCCCGUCCCCCGGCUGCAGCUCUCCGCGGGCGGCAGCGCCCGCCGCCCCGUCCCGCCGCCUCAGCGCGGGCAGUGCCUCCGAAGUCCCCACGCACACCCGCCCUCCUCUCCAUGCCCCGUCCCCGGGGGGGCGGCGGCGGCGAGCUCCUGUGCCUCCGCGGGCGCGGCUACCACGCCAGGGGCGGCGCGGUCCCGGUCACCGGGUCGUGAAGGCGGGCGGGGGGGGGCGCGGGACAGGCGGGACAGGCGACGAGGGGCCGGCAGUGGCCCAGGGCGCGGCGCCGGGCUCCGCCGCCCCGCCGGGUGGAUGCCAAGCGCUGCCCCGCCGGCCGCCGCCGCGCCGCCGUCGCGGGACCCAUCCAGCGGGAGAGAAAAGCCGGCGGCGGCCCCGCAGGACGGCGCUCGCCCGCUCGGCAGCACCAUGAAGGCGGCGGAGGAAGAACACUAUAAUUAUGCAUCUUCAAAUGUCAAUGCUGGUUUGCCUCUAAAUGUGGCACAUUCCUCAUUGUCAACUCCAUGUCAUGGCCUGCAGACAUCAAAUCCCGUCAUUUCAGUUGUCCCAUCGACAAACCAUCCCUCUGGAUAUGGAGGACACAUUGACAGUGGAGCCUCUGAGUACUACCUGCCGCCAAACAUGAGACCUAAUGGAGCUCCAGCGCUGGAGAGCCCCAGAAUUGAGAUCACGUCUUACAUGGGAUUGCAUCAUAACAACAACCAGUUUUUCCACGAUGAGGUGGAGGAAGCCAUCCCUAAUGCCAAGCGGUCGCCUUCCACUGCCACUUUGAACUUGCCGAACAUCGAGGCAUAUAGAGACCCGUCCUGCCUCAGUCCAGCGAGUAGCUUGUCUUCCAGAAGCUGCAACUCUGAAGCGUCUUCCUAUGAGUCCAACUACUCAUAUCCAUACACUUCACCUCAGACCUCUCCGUGGCAGUCCCCGUGUGUCUCUCCAAAGACCACCGACACAGAGGAGGGCUACCAGCGCAGCAUGGUGGCCUGUACUUUGCUCAGCUCCCCGAGGCACUCUCCAUCAACGUCUCCCAGAACGAGCAUCACAGAGGAAAACUGGCUGGGGGCUCGCAACUCCAGGCCUCCGUCUCCCUGCAACAAAAGGAAGUACAGCCUCAAUGGCCGGCAGACCUCCUAUUCCCCACACCACUCCCCCACUCCUUCUCCACAAAACUCACCGCGGGUGAGUGUCACAGAUGACACAUGGCUGGGGAACACAAACCAGUACACCAGCUCCGCCAUCGUCGCUGCCAUCAACGCCCUCACCACUGACAGCACCAUUGAUAUGAAUGAUGGGAUUCCCAUCAAGUCAAGGAAGACCACCAUUGAUCACACCCCAUCCAUGACUCUCAAAACUGAACCGGCUGGCGAGGAUCAUGGGACCAUAUCGCCAACUGCCGAUUUGUCACCGGAAGACUUCUCCAGCUUUCAGCACAUCAGGAAAGGAAACUUCUGUGAGCAGUACUUGUCUGUGCCACAGCAUCCCUACCAGUGGGCCAAACCAAAGCCUCUAUCUCCAACAUCCUACAUGAGCCCAUCCCUGCCUGCUCUGGAUUGGCAGCUGCCAUCUCACUCAGGACCUUAUGAACUACGCAUCGAAGUGCAGCCGAAGUCCCACCACCGAGCUCAUUACGAGACAGAAGGCAGUCGAGGGGCUGUGAAAGCAUCUGCGGGGGGCCACCCCAUUGUGCAGCUCCAUGGUUACUUAGAAAGCGAGCCGCUCACACUGCAGCUGUUCAUUGGGACUGCAGACGACCGCCUGCUGCGACCCCAUGCUUUCUACCAGGUUCACCGGAUCACCGGCAAGACCGUUUCCACCACCAGCCAUGAAACAAUACUUUCCAACACCAAAGUCCUGGAAAUUCCUCUUCUUCCAGAGAACAACAUGAGAGCAAUCAUUGACUGUGCUGGGAUAUUAAAGCUCCGAAACUCUGACAUUGAGCUGCGCAAGGGAGAGACGGACAUCGGUCGUAAGAACACUCGUGUGCGUCUGGUCUUCAGGGUUCAUAUUCCACAGGCCAAUGGCAGGACCCUCUCCUUGCAAGUAGCCUCCAACCCCAUUGAGUGCUCUCAGAGAUCUGCCCAAGAACUGCCUCUGGUGGAGAAGCAAAGUACCGACAGUUUUCCUGUUACUGGAGGGAAAAAAAUGGUACUGACUGGUCAUAACUUUCUGCAAGACUCCAAAGUCAUCUUUGUGGAGAAAGCGCCAGAUGGUCACCAUGUGUGGGAAAUGGAAGCCAAAACCGACAAAGAAAUGUGCAAGCCAAACUCAUUGGUGGUUGAGAUACCACCUUUCCGCAAUCAGAGAAUUACCAGCCCUGUUCAGGUCAACUUCUAUGUCUGCAACGGGAAAAGAAAGAGGAGCCAGUACCAGCUUUUCACCUAUCUUCCUGCUAAUGGGGAAAACAGCCAGUGGAUCCAGGGACACGUGACCUCACUCAUCCCACCUCCCAUGGAUGGUCCUAUAGCAUCUCCAUGGAGUACAGCUCUGUGACAUGCAGCCAGCACAAGCUGCCAUCUCCAGCAGUGUUAUUUCACCACCACAGGGCUUCUCCCAUGCUGCAGAGAUGUGGCAGGAUUGUACCUUCCCUCUGUUAGCUCAAGUGUUUGGCAGAGCAGGAACUUACUUGGUGAAGAUGAGUUUCUGCUUCAGAAAUAAAAAAACUUCUGUAAAAAUGAAAAUCUUACUGCUCUGUAAAUGAAAAGUUUAAAUAACAAAGCAAAACAGAAAGUAGAUGCUUCACGAAAAGGUCUUGAAAACGGGCUUGCUUAAGUCUUUGGCUUGGGAUAAACUGUAAACCUAAGUACUCAUAAUCCAUUUUUAAUUGAAAAUAUUUAUUUACUGUUCCGCUAAAUUUGAGCAACUCCUCAAUCCUGUAUUAGCAUAUAUUGUACAGAAAUGACUGUAAUGUCAUUUUUUAGUGCUACUUCUAUGAUACGAAUCACUGAGCAGUUGCAUAUCAGCUUUGUCCUGGAGCCUACAGGCUUGUAGGCUCUUGAGACUCCUCCACAGACAUGCCUGGCACAGAAAUAUAAGUAGUUUCCAUACCAUUCUGGCACAGGUGAAUUCCUGCAGCUCAUAUGGUAAGUACUGAUAUAUUUUGCAUUGCCACAUCCCGUCAAAAUUCGAGGAGAAAGGCUCUGGACCAGACACUGCCGUCAAGAGUCUGAGCAGAGCACAAUGAGCAGACUCUUGGAUGUUCAGCUUUUUAAGUGGCUCCACUGCUGUGGCUCCAUGCAGGCGGCUCUGCAGCUCCUGUUAUGUGCAGCAGAACAUUUUGGAAAACCACAUUUCAGGGUUAAACUAACCCGGGGAGUCUGAAGAAGAACACAGGCUGUGAUUCCAAAUCCUGUGUUUUCAUCUGAGAAAGCUGAAGGAGUUCUCCUGCUCAGAAGAAUUUAAACAAUGAAUGAUAAGGAUUAGAUUUCUGUCUGUUUAGAUUUCUUUUAAGUAGGUACAAAAAAUAGAGGAAAUGUGGUCAAGAACUUAUUUUUGCAGAUAGGAGCGAGUGCUCUGUAUGUUUUCUGUUAUCCAACAAUUAUUGAUAGCAAGAAUGUUGAACACAGGAAAGUUUUUCUUUGAAUUUUAUUUAGACAAGUAGUGAUAUUUGACUAACCAAAGACAGGCUAGUUUUUCCAGGAAAUAUUUAAUAAAAAGGAAAAAAGGAAAAAAGGAAAGUUGAUGUGUUUCUUCUACUGGAAUGAAAAAUAUGCUUUUGCAAAGAGUUGAUGAUUAAGUAUUUCCAGUUUCUGUUUCUGUCAGGCUUCUUAAUUGUCAAAGCGUUAUUAAAAGAUCAUUUAAUUGCUUCUGGUAUUUAUUAAAAUGGUGUUGAUCUUCUGGGUAACUUUGAGAUGCGUUUCGCUACCCACAGGGUCAGAUUUCCAACUGCACAGCCUUCACUCACAGAUACAGCUUUUCUGCAGUUGCUUUGCCUCCCUGCAGUCAUCUGCACAAGUCUUCAAGAUGUUGAGCUCCUCUGAAAACCUGGCCACAGUGACUUGGUGGGGAUAGAAGUCCUUUGAAUCUGUGGGUGUGUAGCUGUGCUGAGAGCCUGCCUGUGGUGACUAGAUGUGUCUCAGUAGUGUGAUUUACAGCCCAGUGGCAGAGAAGUGAAGCUCUUAACAUUGUAGAAUAGAAUUGUAGGAUAUCUCAAGUUGGAAGGGACCCAUAAGGAUCAUUAAGUCCAACUCCCCACUCCUUGCAGGACCACCACUUGGUGUACAUCUGAAAAGGGUGUGUGCUGCCCACGGCAUAUUGUUGUCAGCAUUCUCCUGACUUACCGCCUCUGCUCUAAAAUUAUCCCCUGCCCACCAUACAGAUGAGUGCAACAACACUUUUCUCAUGGCUGCAUUGAGCACCCAGGCCUCUGUUUCACCUCAGCCCUUCCACCCACACCUCAGUCCCUAAGUUAAAAGAUGACAUCAGCCCCCUUAGCAGAAAUGAGGAUGCGAUGCAAAGUGUUGCCACUCUAAUGUGACACAGCUUGUGGCUUGUGCUGAUCAUCUCCUGACACCUCUCACCUCUCGGUAUUUGUUGAAGUUUCCUGCUUGAGGUCAUCAAAAUUAUUAGCCUAGUCCUUCAUGCAAACGAUGGUGACUUGGGGGCCGCUGGGGGAGCAGGGCCAAUGCAGGGCGUGGGUUGUGCAGGGACCGUAACCGGUGGCUGGUGCAAUACGACCUCAGCAGUGCCUCCACAAGGAGACGGAGCGUGGCUGAGUCGACCUGGAGCCUCGGACCUGCUGGAGGGGUUUUCAUCCCCAGGAGCACCUGGACUGCUGCAAAGCCAGCACAUGGCAGGACAGGGCAACAGAAGGGAUGAGGGGAAAGGUUGGCCCCAGAGGACUUUUAUUUUAGGUAAAAAUAGGAAUCACAGUAACUCAUUUUUACACUAUACACUGACACAGUUUAUUUCGUUUUGGCUACUCGGUGGCUGAUUGUUACUUUUGACAUUUAGCAGAGUGACUAAACGCAGGUGAGGUUUUGUCAGAGUCCUGUUGUCAUUUAUGACAAUCACAAAGUUCAUCAUCACUCAGUGUAUCACCCCCUUCACUCCCAUCCAGGAGCUAUGGGAGGUCUGUGGAGGAGCAGAGGAGGCUUGUGUUGCACUCACCAGCAUUACACCCUCAGGUGCUGGGUUCCCACUGGAGCUGCCCACGCUUCGUACAUUGCUCACACUUCAUCCAGGUGACGUCCAUUUUCAGCAGUCAGACAGAGCCUAGCCAGCUGCAUCUGACCUGCACACAGAGUCUGUCUUGAUCUGUGUGGGGAGGCGUAUGAAGAACACUGCCUCUCUGUGGUGCUCCAUCUUCAUCUGGAAGGCCAGGAAAAAGCAUCACCUGUGUGAUUGCCCUGAGAAAGGCAGGGGUGGACAUGUGCUCUAUAGAAGCCCCUGGCUGUGUCUGACCAUCAGCAAUGAUCACCCCUAACAGUUACCUUCCAGUGCUUAAAAUUAUCUUUUGUCAGUACCUCAAUUUUCAUAUAUUCCCCUUCAGAUGAAAAAAAAUCCAGCCUGUAGUUUUGGUCAUUGAACUCAUCUGCAUGAGCAUUUUGAGGGUUCCUUGCCUUGCUUUCCAGUGGUUUCACAUGCAUGCAGGGAUAAAGUCAGCACUGGUGGUGUAAUGAUGUGUAGUAUCAUCAAAAAAGACCUCAGCCCAGUGGAUUUUAACAUCUGACAGAGAUGACAUAAAAAGCCUUGGCUGGUGCAGACUGGGUGUUGUGCACUGUUAAACGUCCUGUUAAGGCAGCAGUGGAGCCAGGUGCUGGACCACGCUGUUGAAGCAGCAGUAGAGCAGCCCAAGUGGGCAUAUCCGAGGACUUGAUUUUCCUAUUCAACACUGUAGGACUGAACAAAGUGUUAGGGUGAAAAAUUGUGCCUUUUAAGAAUUUUUAUCUCUUUCUUUCGAAAGAAAGCUAAUGCAUGGUCUUCUGUACUAGCACAACCCAAAAUGUCCUCCACCUACCUUCUACUUCUCCCCACCUGAUUUAGCAGGGCAUGCUACAAGCUACCGUAUAUAAUUUUCUGUCUCAUAAAUAUAUGUAGAAUAACCUAAUUGUUUAACAGCUGUUGAAAAGCAUUUAGCAAAUGAGUUAGCUGGAAAGCACUUCCAAAUCAGAUAAUGUCACUGUCCGAGAUUAUGUGGUGAGGUGUAUGCACAAGGUUUCCAUCUCCCCGAGCUAUUCUUGUAUAAAACUGUACAUAUUCAUCUGAACCUGUAAAAAUCUAUACACAAAACCCAAAAACGGCUGGCAGGCAGGCAGACAUGUUUUAGAGUUAGCCCUCCUGAUGAGUAGCACCAGUCGUAGUGUACAAGUAAGAGAGGGCGAGUUCAGAUACCUGUGCAGAUAAAAGUUACACACACUAUUGUGCUCCCUGCAGUGUCUUGAUGGUAGGAGGCUUCCUUUGUGUCUGAGUCACCAUGUGCUGGAUUUAGUAACUAAAAGCAAAGGCUUGAUAGCAGCUCGACCUUUAAAAGUGUUUUGGCUUAGUAGGUGCCUGGGGAAAACACCAAGUUCACAGACAGCAUCUGCACAGGUCCCUGUAAGUUGACUGUCUCACAAGAUCCCUGUGACUGAGUGCUCAUUCCUUGUUGCUGAGGUUGCCACUGCUGCACAUAUGUUGGCGGGGCAUUUCAGAAAGUGUUGCUCAGCCAUGCUGCACGGGUGUUACUGAAGCAGGAAUUAUGUUUUGUGAGGGCAGCCAGCCCCUUGCCUCUCCCCAACACCGGCUGCUCCACAGUCAGAACAAGGGGUGAGGCCUCAAGUAUGCUGGAUCCAGCCAGUGCUGCAGCAGCAGCCAGGAUUUUGUCUUUGCAUAAAUCCAGAGUGGCUACACUGCACAUGGAGAUGUGUCCACAUCCCUAAUUGGGGAUCAUCCCUAAUUAGUCUCUGGUCAACCAGCAGCAAAGCAGUGACAGGAACUGGGGUCACCAGUGCAGUGUCUUCUGAAGGUGGGCUGCCAGUAUCAAAACUGACUGACAAAGAAGGAUUUCAAAGGCACAAACGGCCUUUCAGAGCUCAACUCAGUAAUGGAGAUUUAGAUAGCUAACUCCUCAGCUCUCUUUAAAAGUCCCAUCCCAAAUUCUUACGGAUUGCCAGACAUUUAGUCCAGAAGUUGAAGAAACGUGUGUGUGCACAUGAUGAAAAAGGUAGUGUUUUGAUUUUCAUACUCUUAACUAAAAUCUGUGUGCAGGUGCCAGGGAACUACAUCAUAGUCUGCACCAUGAAAAGAAGCUAUUUUGCUGGAUAAGUUCAAUCAAACUUAAGGGUAAAAUAAAUAUAUUUUAGUGCCAUAAAUGUCUACACUGAUAAUACUACAUGGAAAUAGGAAUUUGAUAGUUAAAUGUUAAUCAGGAUAAACAUCUGUUUAAUUGAUAAGAUUUUAUUUUUUCAGUUCAUAUAUUUUAAUAACAUUCCUCCCCCCCAAAAAAUAAAAAAAAAGUUUAAAAACCCAUCUGGAUUGCUGAAGUGCAAAAGCAAACACACACUUGUUAGAAUUGUCAAAAAAUAUAUAUCGUUUAUAUCUGAGCACUUUCUGACUUGCUUUACUGAAUGGGCAUGAUUUAUUAUUUUUCUUCUAGGCUUGAUAUAUUAACUUUUUACCUGCUAGAAAGGCCUUUCAUUUAAAUGUGGGCUUGCAGAAUUGGCUGAAAUAUUUCUCCCAGAUUCAGACACACACAGAAGGACCAUUGUCUUCCACCAGUGCCUUGGUAUGAUGUCAUAAGCCUGAUCUCUCUGAGUAAGAAGCUUUGAUUUAUAGCUAGGGCUGCUGCCAAUGCGUGGUUCUCAGAACUUCACAUUAAAUUAGAUGACAUAACGACAUGAGUCCGGAGUCUAAGAAGGCAUCACCAAACCACUGAAAACUAAUUUGAAAUUAAUUUGCUUAUCAGACUAAUUUAGAACAGUGACUUCUGUCAUAUUUUAAUAUUCAAAAUCAAGGACUGUUUAAAACCGUCUGUCAGCUGACCUAAUGCAUUGUGAAGUAACAGGCAUUAAAAAUUUCACUGUACCAAACUUGCAUUCUUUUUUUACCUUUUUAGGGCAAGGGCCAGAUCCUUCAGCACCCUUAAAUGAAUAAUGUGGCUUCCGAGUAUCAUCUUUUGUGUUUACAAUUUCACAAAUUCUGGCUUCAUUGCUGCAGUUUAUUAUAGGUGAAUCUCAGUGUAUCACAAAUUCAGUUGCAGUUUUUCGUUUUAGCCAGCUGAGAGUCUGCAAGACUGGGUGCUACCUCAGCACCACAGAGCAGUUCUGAGACAGAACGAUUGUUGCUGUUUGGUAUGGCUCUGCUGGAUUUAAGAAGUGACUGUUUCUGCUGAAAGUGCUCACAGGUUCUGAACAGCUGUAGGUCUUUGCAGUUAAUUGCCAGCUCAGGCCUGCUGUGUCUCUUUCAGCUGGCAGGGUGUUACCAAGUCGUUCAAGAGUUGAAGUAUUUGAGCUAGAAGUUAGACUAAUACUGUUCACUGUUAAAUAUUAAUCCCGAGAAAAUUAGUGGUGCUGCCUCUAUCACGUUGCAUCUCCCUCUGUGAAAUAUUCACUUGUGGAAGUCAGUGACGAUGGAGGUGGGUGCGUGUUAUGACAGCUAGCUUACCAUGCCUCCAUGGGGAUGUAUAAAAGGGCUCAAAACCCCUUUUUCCAUGUUGGUUUUGUAAAGACUGGCAGUUCAUCAGGCAUGAGUCAGUAGAUAAGUGGUAACACAAGCCGGCCUGUGAACAGUGCUGUCCACUGUGUUGUCUUAUGCGGAGGGUUCCCCUGUGAACUGCCUAGGGUUCUCCUGUGCAGAGCCCUGAUUUGGACUUGAUCCUUGAGUGUCCCUUCCAAGUCAGGGUAUUCUAUGAUUUUCUUAUCUAGGAGAAGACAGUGAAGGUGGGUACUAAGGUUUGUAUCAAGUUCUAAAUCAGGUGCAGUUGCCCACCCCAGCUGAGCAUCUCAGUCUCCCAGAAGUCAGUGAAAGGGUGAGGAUGUGUUAGUUCCUUGUAGCCUCAUUACAGUGUUUGAGUAACACCAUAGACACUGUGAUGGUGAGUAGCCAGUGAAUACAGAAACAGGCUGUUCCUGCAAUGGUUUGGGAGGUGUGCCUUGGAAUACCCAUAGCUCUUACUUCGGGCUCUCUAAAGUCCAUUGAAAAGUGGAAGAAAACAGUUGCCCUUUCAAAGAAUAAAUGUAAGGUGGUUUACACCAACUUCUGACACAGUCAGAAUUGAUACUUUGUUAAUAUUUAUUAUUAUUACUUUAUUAAUAUUUAUUAUUAUUGGUGUUUUCAGAAUGACCAGAUCAGUCCCACAGGCAGUUUGAGUUGAGUUUGCAAAUACAAACAUUGGCAAAGAUUUUUGGCCUUUGUUACUCUGUUUGUUGAAGAUACAUAGGCUGGAGAGAAGCAAGUAAUGGGACAGAGUAGCAUAAACAAGCCUUUAACUGAUGUAAUGUAGCAGUUUAGGGUAUUGUGUCCUCCACAAGUCAAGUACUACAGUUAAUCAUAUAAAAUACUAAAGUUGAGAUCUGGCCGGAAGAGGAAAAUUAAUGUCUUCCGUUUCUUCUGACAUGCUCAGCUUUACAUGUCUGAUUCCAGAUCAUCUGGAUCAUUAGUAAUGAUUUCUUCUUGGGAAAAAAUAAAAAUCUUACAGACCUUCUUUCUCCAAACUGGUACCUGAUGAAGAUGUUUGCUGUUUAAGGGGGUUGAGUGGCUGCCAUCCCAGUCUGUAUGAUGCUCGUACCCACUCUGCACAGGGUUAAUGGCUAUGCAGCUGGCAAAACACAGAAAAGUCAGAUACAAAUCCCUUCACCAUUUCAGCAGGAAUACUUUUUCUGUCUCCUGGUGUGAUACUUAUUCUAGUGAUAAGAUUCGCAUACAAACAAAAUAUAUGAAACUGAGCAAGGACUGACUUCCUUUACUGUAUUAAAAAAACAUGUUAAAAAAGGUAAUGAAGACAGUUCAGUUGAACAAGUUCAGGCAGCUCUAAGCAUAAGUGCAGGUACUAUUUGUCUGUUUAAAGACAAUUUGUUUCCCGGCACAUGAAAUGACUGAUGCCCAUAAGUAUUAGUUCAAAGCAAAAUUACCCUAACUAACCCUGACCAGUCUCUGUUUUCCCUCUGAAUUUGUAGGCACCAGAAAUGUCUUUGGCUGCUGUCACCAUCUCCAAGUGAGUUUUUGGACUAGCAGGUGUGGAAUACAGUCCCUGCCACCCAUCAGUCCUUCACCUUGUGCAGAGCAGGACUCCUCCAUUGGUUGCAGUAUGUGUAUUUCAGUGUAGCAACACACAAAAAAAAUUCGCAAUAUUCAUGACCACUAACCAGACCUCCAAAUGGACCCCAUGGCACUGCUUUUUUAAAGAAAAAACUCAGACUGAAGUGGCAAUAAAGUGCAAUGGUGUGCUGCAGAAGAGCUACAAUGAAAAACCAGCCUGAGAUCAGGAACCUGUCUUCUGUAAAGCCUCCAGCCUGCCUGCCACCAGGGCUAUAAUCCUUCCCUGGGUUAUAACAAGUCAGACAACUCCAGGGUUUAUUGGAGUUGUAUUGCCAGUGGUUGAGCGUGGAAUUAUUUAGCACAGGUGUUUCUAUAACAGUGAUAUAUUGGGAAAAUUCAGUGUUCAACAACCAUCAUAUUUCCAGCUGUGCUGUGGUUAGUGCUAGCACAGUGAACCUAAUAUAAAACAUGUGAGAAUAUUUGCUAGCUCAGGAACUUGUUAAAGGUAUUUUCUUACAAUAUCUGAGUUGCUGUGUUUAUCUAGGUGCGUUUCUUCGGUCUUGCAUUUUCCUAAAGGGUGUGAUAGUGGUUUUGUCAAGCUGUCACUGAACGUGGAAUCUGUUUCUCUCCAACCAAGUGCAUUAGUAGCCCUGCUAGCCAGUGUGCAGCACCCAAACUGGUGAAAAUAAGAUUAUGAGAAAUCAAAUGACAGUCCAUCACACCUAGCCUAUUUGUCUUGAGCAGCACCUGUGCAUCUGUUACAUAUAUAGACCUGUUUUUACUGGGGUGCUAGAAAUCUUGGAACAAGUGUUGCAAGCGUCUACAUGUAAAAGAACAUAAAAGGAACAAAGUUAACAAGGGGCCUGGGGACUGUAAAACAAGGGUAGUGAAGUGCAUUCACCAACAACAAAAUCUGUGGAUGUUAAAAGAGGUUUUAUAUGUACAGAUGGACACGUGCAUUUUAAGGGGCUCAAAAAGACUCAUACACAAACAUAAUAAAUGGCUAGAAAAUGUGUAAGUGUUUUGUAAAACACAUGCAAAUAAAAAUACAAUCAGAGACACUUGUGCAACACACAUGUAUAUGAGCUGAAUUGUGGAAAGAGUUUCAUUAUUAGCUUCGUGCCACAAUGGGUUGUUUAUUAGAAUAUUACAAAAAAUAUUCUCUAGUGUCACCAGAAAUUUUUUAGAAAGAAGAUAAAUGCCACUAUGCAUCCAUACUUGAUUGUUGUAUGCAUUAGAGGUGCAUCUGACUAGAAAGAAAUACAUCCACGGUCUAGCUUGGCUCUAUUAUUUGUAAUUUUCCUGACAGAGAAAUGGGUCCGUUUUGCCUGUGCACUGCAUCUGUUGUAGGAGAAGCUUCAAAGAUGCCUCUCUUUGAUUUGAGAGAGAAAGCCAAUGUUGAAAAGACACCUUGAGUUGACAAAGGAUCUUUCUUUGAUUGGAGAAAGCAGCUCUGCAUUUGUCACCACUGAAUUGAUGCUCACUGACAAUAAUUUCUAUCCACAUUCUGGUAGUUUUUAAAGAUGUGACAGCUCAAUUAGGGCAUUGUUUGGGACAGUGGGUAGAGCAAGCAGAGGUCUGAAACAGGAAUCAGUUUUUCUUGAUAGCCAGAGACUGACCAACAUUUGUUAGGAGCUGCCAUUAGCAAAAAUUAAAUGCAAUUAUGUAAAAAACCAAGCAAAUGAGAUCCUACUCUUUCAAAAAUACCCUCAUAACUGAAAACUUCUUGUACAUAGCACUGUGUCAUGUAUCUUUGCAACUUUAUUUUCAUUGAACUCUAAAAGCCCCAUCUCUACCUUAUUAUGCUCCAGUUUACUACGUGUACAGACAUUUAUCAAAUAGGCCAUCGGUAGCUGUAGAAAUGCAGUAGUCUAUCCAAGUUAAAAUUCUUGCCUUGAUUACUACAAAUCCAUGGAGCCCUUGGGUCCAAAGCUUCCACUGAAGCACAGCUAUUUGCAAAUAGAUUUUUAUAGCACAUUAGUGCUGGAGGAGAGUCCAAAGAAAAUAGUCCUUUUCAAUAUUAGAACCAGCUGUGACUUUCUUGUGCUGAUGACUCAUUCAUUUUUUUUUAUAGGGUGGGAGAACUAGGCAAAAGACACACAGAGUCUUAUUCACGACGUUGUUUGUUUUGCAAAGGGUAUCCUAGCCACAAGCCAACUUGAUCAUACCAAUACGCAACUCAUGUUUAU